ACAAGAACUCGGAUGAUUGAGAUUGUGUCACAGGGAUUAGCCACCAUUGAGGUUACGCAAAAGCACUCAGGAUCUCUGUUUAUGUAUGCUGGUCACCUUGGUGGUGCAUAUGCCAAGAACAGCUUUGGAAAUAUCUUCACCGCCGUGGGCGUUUUUGUCCUGGGUCGCUUAUUUCGUGAAGCUUGGGGCAGCAAAGCUCCUAAAAUGCAAGCGGAAUUCAAUGAUUUUCUCGAGAAAAACCGAAUAUGUAUUUCAAUGGAACUUGUGACAGCUGUAUUAGGAGACCAUGGGCAAAGGCCAAAGGAUGAUUAUGCUGUGGUUACAGCUGUGACAGAAUUGGGCCAUGGCAAGCCUCAGUUCUAUUCUACCCCAGAGGUGAUUUCAUUUUGUCGGAAAUGGCGGCUACCAACAAAUCAUGUCUGGCUAUUUUCCACAAGGAAAUCUGCCACUUCAUUCUUUGCUGCCUAUGACGCUUUGUGUGAAGAGGGUACUGCCACACCUGUAUGCAAAGCCCUUGAUGAAAUAGCUGAUAUAUCUGUGCCAGGGUCAAAGGAUCAUGUAAUGGUGCAGGGUGAGAUUCUUGAAGGUCUGGUUGCCCGUAUUGUCAGUCGUGAAAGUUCAGUUCAAAUGGAAGAGGUUUUGAGGAACUUUCCAAUACCUUCAUUAGAUGGAGGUGACUCUGAUUUAGGACCAAGUUUACGAGACAUAUGUGCUGCUAAUAGGUCAGAUGAGAAGCAGCAAAUUAAAGCACUUCUUGAAAAUGUUGGAUCUUCAAUGUGUCCAGACCACCGUGAUUGGUUUGGAUACAGUGGUCUUGAGCCCCAGUCUCGAAAUGCUGAUAAAUCAGUUGUCACUCAUUUUUUGCAAGCACAUCCCACGGACUAUGCAACUAAGAAAUUACAGGAGAUGAUUGGUCUGAUGAAGCGGAAAAAUUUCUCUGCAUCUUUCAAAUCUUACUGGAAUUAUCAAAAGGUUGAUUCUCUUUCAAAUGAUAACUUGUGUUACAAGAUGGUUAUCCAUGUGUACAGUGAUUCUGUUUUUAGACGCUAUCAGCAAGAGAUGAGGAAAAAUCAAGAGUUGUGGCCACUGUACAGAGGUUUCUUUGUUGAUGUAAACCUGUUCAAGGCGAAUAAUAAGAAGGCUGCUGAACUUUCCAAAGACAGUAACACUUUACUGAGAAAUAUCAAUGGUGCUUUGGAUUCAAGUUUGUCAAGUAAGGAUGGUCUAGCUGACGAGGAUUCAAAUUUGAUGGUUAAACUAAAAUUUCUGACUUAUAAGAUAAGGACAUUUUUAAUUCGGAAUGGCCUGUCCACCCUCUUCAAAGAUGGCCCAUCUGCGUAUAGAACUUAUUACCUGAGGCAAAUGAAGAUUUGGGGAACAUCAGCAAGUAAGCAGAAAGAGCUCACCAAAAUGUUGGACGAAUGGGCUGUAUACAUCAGAAGAAAGUAUCAAAAUAAGCAGCUGCCAUCCUCAACAUAUCUUAGCGAAGCAGAACCUUUCCUUGAACAAUAUGCUAAGCGUAGUCCUGCAAACCAGGCUUUGAUAGGGGCUGCUGGUGACUUGGUUCAAACAGAAAAUUUCUUGGCCAUACUUGAUGCACAGAGAGAUGAAGAGGGUGACCUUCAGCCAGAACGUGGGACAGCUCCUUCUAGUCCUACGUCGACAUCCCUGGACGUUGUUUCGAAAACUGAGGGCCUUAUUGUCUUCUUUCCUGGUAUACCUGGUUGUGCGAAGUCUGCUUUAUGUGAGCAAAUAUUAAACACGCCCGGUGGCCUUGGUGAUAAUCGUCCUCUUCAUAGUUUGAUGGGAGAUCGUACUAAAGGAAGAUACUGGCAAAAGGUUGCUGAUGAGCGAAAAAAGAAACCAUUUAGAAUAACCCUCGCUGAUAAAAAUGCACCAAAUGAGGAAGUCUGGCGGCAGAUUGAGGAUAUGUGUGGGAUGACAAAGGCUGCUGCUGUUCCUGUUAUUCCUGAUUCUGAAGGCACCGAUUCAAAUCCAUUCUCUCUUGAAGCUCUUGCUGUUUUCAUGUUUCGUGUACUCCAACGGGUCAAUCAUCCGGGAAAUCUGGACAAAUCAUCACCAAAUGCUGGCUAUAUUUUGCUAAUGUUUUACAACCUCUAUGAUGGCAAGUGCCGAAGAGAAUUUGAAAGUGAAUUAUAUGAGCGUUUUGGCUCUUUGGUUAAGAUGCCUCUCCUGAAGCCAGAGAGAGCUCCAUUGCCUGGUGAUGUCAAAACUAUCUUAGAUGAGGGAAUGAGCUUAUUCAGACUGCAUCAAAGCAGGCAUGGGAGAGUGGAGCCAUCAAAAGGUUCAUAUGCUCAAGAAUGGGCUCAGUGGGAGAAAAGACUACGUGUGGUCUUGUCAAGGAAUGCUAAUUAUCUUACAUCCAUUCAGGUUCCAUUUGAUGUUGCGGUGAAAGAAGUACUGGAACAGUUGAAGGCUGUUGCAAAAGGUGAUGUCAAAACUCCUGAUACUGCAAAGCGAAGGUUUGGGAAUAUCGUUUUUGCUGCGGUUACAGUACCCCAGGCAGAUAUAUUGAGCCUUCUCCGAAAGUUGGGCCAGAAUGAUGGUGAUGUAAACAAUUUUCUCAACGGCAUAAAAGUGGAGGAUAACCUAAGCAAGGCUCAUGUCACCCUUGCCCACAAAAGAGCCCAUGGUGUAGCUGCAGUUGCUAGCUAUGGAGUCUACCAGAAUCAGGAAGUCCCAGUGUCGUUUAACGCCUUCCUCUACACUGAUAAGAUGGCUGCUCUUGAGGCACAACUUGGAACUGUAAAUGGCGAGAAGAUCGAUUCCAAAAAUGACUGGCCACAUGUUACUCUUUGGACAGCCCCUGGCGUUGCACCAAAGGAAGCAAACAUGCUGCCGCAGCUGUUUUCAUCAGGACAAGCAAAACGUGUACUGAUCGACCCUCCGAUCACCAUCUCAGGAGUGCUUGACUUCUACUGAUUCCUGUCUUGGUUUUAGAAUUUGAUGUAGACUUGAGCAUAGAAUCAGGAGUCUUCGGGUAACUGCUAGGGGCAACAACUUUGUAAAUAUGUUUUGAGUUUCAUGCCACGAAAUUUUCAAGGGAUUACUAAAGGUUCUUAGGAGUUAUGGCAACAGCUUCGUAAAUA